AUGCUCCAAGAGAAAUUUCAAGUCACUGUAGUCGAGGGUCGUAAUUUGAAGGGCAGCGAUAUAAUUGGCAAUGCUGACCCUUAUGUAUGCUUGUCGCUCGAUAGACAGAAUAAGCAGAGAACUCGUACUCUUCAAGGUGCUGGACAGAAUGCUUACUGGAAUCAAUCUAUAGAGCUUCAUGCCAACCCUGGACAAAACCAACUCUACGUCGAAGUGUAUAACGAAAACGUCGGACUCGAUCAGUUCAUUGGCGAUGCAGUAUUAACACUGCCUCAGAUACCUCACCACGACCAAUGGAUUCAUAUUCAGCAGAGUGGAAUUCCCGCUGGUGAAAUUCAUUUGACCAUCACUAAGAGCCAAGGACUAGGUUACCAACCUCCUGUUCAACAGGCAUAUGCAUCGUAUCCUUCAUACGGUGAACAACCACCUCAAUAUCAACCUACUGCACCAAGCUCGCUCGGUCCUGCGGGAGGUUCGAUUCCUGCUGGAUAUGGUUCAGCUCCUCCUCCGCCCGUACCAGCAGGUCUACCUGGGUACGCGCAACCGCCACCAGGACCGAUAGGGUUCGCGCAACCGCAACCAGCACCGUACGCACAGCCGCCGCCGCCAGCACCGUACGCACAACCGCCGGCACCAGUACCGUACGCACAACCGCCGCCACCACCACAAGGAUAUCCCGGCGCUUAUAUUCCACAAGCUACCGUUGGACACGAUGUCCAUGGUGUAAAGAGUGCUCAUUCGAAAGACAAAAAGGAUAAGAAGGGAAGUAGUCAUGCUACUACUGGGCACGCGCAACCACCACCAUAUCCUAUUCAUGGUGAGGCAGCCUCUUAUAUGGCCGCUGUUGGGCAUAAUGAUCGCGGGUAUAUUGCUCAACACACUGCUGACCCCUCGUUCUUCAAAGUUGUGAUCAACUAUAUUCUCCAUUGCAAAACAUCAAUCAAAGAAGGCGUUAUGUUACGCGCGCCAAUACAGACUUCGAUUCUACUCGUCCACAUCGCAACAAAACAAUCGUGUAGUUUUCUUGAUAAAUUCUGA